AUGUUUGAGUUUUCUGGAAAAUGGUCGAAAGAUGCAUCAAGUACUAAAACCCUAGCUUUUGAUGGUGUUUCCUUCUCUUUGUACACUGUUGCAUUAGAAGAAUCUCACAUGGUUCUUUGUGAUCACAUCAAGAAAGUUGUUCCAUCUUCAUGGGAGCCUGCUUUGUUAGCAAGGUUUAUCAAAAAAUUUGGCACUCAUAUAAUUGUGGGUGUAAAAAUGGGUGGAAAAGAUACAAGAGAUUUUUGGACUCUGAACACAUUUCUCAAAUUGAUGAGAAGGAGAGGUGGGAGUGAUGACAGGAACCUACAACAUAACGAGUGGUUACAAACAGUACAAUCUAAACCAGAUGUGAUCACAAUGUCCUUCGUUCCAAUAACCUCUUUGCUAAAUGGUGUUAGGGGAAGUGGAUACUUAAGUCAUGCCAUAAGUCUCUAUUUAUGCUAUAAACCUCCAUUGGAAGAGCUCUGUCGGUUUCUGGACUUCCAGCUACCGAGACGAUGGGCCCCUACCUUCAUUCAACUUUUUUGGGACCAGCUCUACGUGAACACCAGUGUGGUUGAUGUAGGUAAGAUACCCAUAACAGGACUCCGGAUUUACCUCAAUCCUGAAAGAAACCAUCAGUUAGAGAUCCACCUCCAAUACCUCUUCAGCGUCCCAAAAUUCUUCCAAAUAGAAGAUUCCGUAUCCGAAAUUGGAACCUUCAAUUCCGAUUCCUACAACAGUGCAUUCUACGAAAAGGUCCAAGGGAAAAACUAUAACCACGUCUGCACCGCCCCGAUCGAGUCCGAAUACGGAAUCUUCUCAAUCGUAAACGGGGCCCAGCAACAUGUUAAAGAUCAAGGGUUAAAAAAGUCCUCUUUUUAUGCCUCCGCUUCUCAGAAGUACUUGGUUGCACCGCAAGGAGGUCGGAAUGGGAGUCUCCGGGCCAAAUGUCAGAAUCUUCAGUUUUUUUCGAGGAGGUCAUGCCACACACCCGGUUCAAUAUUUUUCGAGAAACCCCGACGAAGAUGAUGCUGAAUUUAUUAAAGAUUGUGGAUAUAACGGAGAUGAAACGGGGCCCACAAGAAAGCCUAGGGUAUUGGGUCAUCACAAGGGCUAAAUUUGUAGUGAACAAGGGAACGAUUUCUCUUCAGGUUAAGUACUCUUUGCCUCAUAUGUUAGCCGAUGAACAAGUGGCAGAUUAGGUGGUGAUGUCAAUGUAGGUCAUUUGGAACUCGUGUUUGGAGAUGCCAUGGUUUCUUCUUUUCCUCCACAACUUCGUCUUCAUGUAUACCGAGCUACAAAAUUUCAUCUUUUGUGAAACCAAAUGUCAAGUUAUGUGGUUUUGUCGUGAUGUUGAAGUAAGUGUUAAAGUUCGUGGAUUGUAAAGAAAUCAAUUAAAAGACUUUUU